AUGGAAUUCUCACUGGAGCAAGUGCUUGAUAAAAUAAGCGAAAAGGAAGGUGUUAAAGGAGUGUUAGUUGCGGAUGAAUCUGGCCUCUGUUUAGGAACAAGAGGCAUAGCUAAGUCGGCAGGAGCUGCUUUUGUUGCUUCCAUUGCCAAUAGUGCAAGAAGUCUCAGUGAUGUAUCCGAGAUCGAAGACAAGUCACAAUACUCAACUGUGAGCAUUGAACUGGAAAGCUACAAGAUUAUCAUCCGUAAUGAAGGUAGCUUCACGAUCGCCGUAUUUCAAUAAUACGACAUAUU